UGUUCGCAAUAGGGCAGAAGCAGGCAGAAGGCAGUAACUUUUUCGACAGGUUCUCAACUGAAGAAAAUUGGACAAAUUUUGAAAGCUUCUGACCACGAUGGCCGGUUUUAACCCACGAACAGACAGAAUGGAGGCGUUCAAGACAGGCAAACCAGAGGAUAAAGAACUUCUCAGCUUGGCCCAUGAAAUUGUGUUAAUCUGGAGACCACUUGGUGUGAUUUUAGGCCUAACAAAUGCAACUUUGGAUGUAAUUGACCAAGACAGUCCUAAAGUGCUGAAUAAAUCGUAUGACAUGCUGAUAAAGUGGAGGGAGUCACUUGGAUCUGAGGCGACUUAUAAAAACUUAGCAGUGGGGCUAGAUCACGAAAUUAUUGGAAGGCAUGACUUAGUAGAGAAAUACUGUCAUGAAAGUGGUAAUUGAUAUGAUAAUGAUGAUGAUGAUGAUGAACAAUAUUUGAUAGUUUAUUUCUUGGCUGAAGGAUGAAGAUGCUUCACAACUGUCACAUGUCACAUGUCACAUGGAACAAAAUCUCAGAAAAGUUAGAACUACAAUAGCAGCACUUUUAUUGCUGAUAUCAUCCAGUUUUGAACUUGCUUGACAGCUGUUUACUUUUCUAACUGGACCAAAAUCUAGUUCAUCUAUAGAAGGAAGAAAAAAACAGGAACAGAGUAAGAACCAUGGCAUGACCCUCUUUUGAAUGAUUAAGGUCAUUUAAUUAGUUUUUAAACUUUGCAUGCAUUAAGGCACAUUUGUUAAGGAGACAAUUUUUAUGCUUAAUGGAUUACCUUCUUCAUCACCACUAUCACAAAGCUUUCUCUAUUUGGCUC